AAGCUAGCUAGCAACAUGUCUCCCCUCAAAACAAUAUUCUUUGUAGCACUAACCAUAGGAACUUUGGCAACCUCUCCGUCCUCGGCUCGCCAAUUUCAGGGCAAUGAGGAGGUGGGGACGAAUCAUGAUGAGGAAGAAGCUAUGCGAGAGAUGCACAUCAACUGGAUGAAGGAACACGGGAGGGUGUACAACACCCUAGAGGAGAGGGAGAUGCGCUACCAAAAUUUCAAGGCUACAGCUAAGUUCAUUGAGGCUUCCAACAAAGACACAAGCAAGACAUACACCUCAGGAUUCAACGCUCUAUCGGACCUCACGGACGAUGAGUUUCAGAGACUGGCUUCUUGCGCAGGUGGAAGAGUGGCCCCCCACUCGUCUCCAACCAACGACACCAUCUACAUUGACGAUGCUGGACUUGAGGAUGUGCGAGAAUACGUGGAUUGGGUGGAUGCUGGGGCUGUGACCUCGGUGAAGGAUCAGGGCCUUUGUGGGUCCUGCUGGGCAUUUAGUGCAGUGGGAGCCGUGGAAGGGCUGAACAAAAUCAAGACCGACGACUUAGUCGACCUUUCAGUUCAGCAACUCAUCGACUGUGACACUCAUGGGUACAAUAAGGGCUGCGGUGGUGGCUAUAUAGACAAAGCCAUGAAGUACAUGUCUGACAUCCAACAAAGCAUUGAUACGGAAGAGGAAUACCCGUACAAGGGCGUAAAGUCACCGAUCUGUUUAGCGAAGCCGAAGGGCCACUACAGCGACAUUAUAACUGUUACCGGUUAUGCCUUUGUCUCUCCCAAUGAAGCCUCCUUGGCUAAAGAAGUUUCCCGGCAGCCCGUUGCUGUUCUGGUGGAUUUUCAUGACCCUGAAUUUGAAACUUACAGAACUGGUGUGUACAAUGGGCACUGUGGCCAGAACACAACACAUGCCGUCCUUGUCGUCGGAUAUGGCGGUGAUGUCUUUAUCGGACAAGAGUGGUGGGUUGUCAAGAACUCCUGGGGUCUACAUUGGGGUGACGGAGGCUACAUCCGACUGCCGAAAGGUGUCAAUCUUAAAGACGGACCAUGCGGGCUUGCUAUGUCAGCAGUAGUUCCAUACUCGGAGUCGGAGGGAAAUUAGCUUUCAUCGUUCAUAAGUUUCUUAAAUAAUAAUUAUCUGAUGCUCAGUCGGUUUGAUUACAUGGACAUAUAUAU